AAAACAAGUGUUCCCAAGCUUGGGUCUCCAACUGAAGGUCUCCCCAUUCAUGCUUCAAUGGCAGCAGGUCUACUCUGAAUUUCUGUUGUCUUCCGAAGUUUUACAGCCAAGUUUCAGCCAUCUACACCCCAGUCACACCUAUGAAACUCAAGUCACACGGUUACUGUUGCAAUGUCACCAUCACGUUUUUUACUUGAUGUUAUCUUCUGGCCGGCCCUUUCGGAGACUCCCAUGUACUUCGAAUCAGUCUAUAAGCAACACACCCACCCCAGUUUUGUUUGAAUCAGGUGACUGAGUAAGCCGGGGUGCCGAAGACGGAGUCAAAUCACCCAGGGGAAAGUAGAGCACAGCAGGGUGGGCGUUCGAUAGCCCAGCUGGUAGAACAUGAGACUCUGAACUCUCAGGAUUGCGGGUUCCAGCCCCACAUUGGGCAAAAAAGAUGUCUGCGUUGCAGGGGCUUGGAAUAGAUGAACCUCGUGGUCCUUUCCAACUCAACCGGAAGAGCGGGAGACUCUUAAUCACAGGGUCGUGGGUUCGAGACUCAAACUGGUCAAAAAAAGAUUUCUGAAUUGCUGCGGUUUGGACUAGGUGACCCUCGCGGUCCCUUCCAACGCUGCAAUUCUUUGAUGCCUCCGGCCACUACGAGCACCCCUGUCCCAGCCCCAGGCUUUGUUUAUUUUUCAAGCGACACCGCCAGCAGGAGGAGAUGAGCGCGCCUCUCGCCUCGGGUCCCCGUCACGUGGGCUGCUGCCGGAGCAGUAGUCAAACUCUCCUCCCGACAGCUACGGUAUGAGGAAGUCGGGGAGAGGCGCGCUCGCCUCGCUGUUCUCCUGAUCCCGAGAGCAGCGAGGGCGGAGAAGACGAGGACGUGAGUACCGCGCUGUCCUUGGAGUGCGGGUGUGUGAGGAGGGAUUUGGCAGGGUCCCUUCCUUCCUCCUGAUCGCGGUGGAGGCGCCCGGGGGAGGGGACCUUCCUUGGCAGCCCUGGCGUUCCCUCCCCUGGGUUAGGACACCGCGCCUUCUUAAGUGCCCUCUUCCCCCUUGUCACCACCGGGACGCUGGAGGAGGAGGAGCCGGAUCCUGCCUCCCAACACUGCCUGCAGUCCCGUCCCCAGGGAAAGUGGGGUGGUGGGGGGGAGAGACAGCAGGAGAGAGAGGAACACCCUGAUUGAUGAUAUAAACUCUCCGGUUUCCGUGCGCUUCGCGUCCGAUCAGGCUCGGGCGGGCCUGCUUUCGCCUCUGCCGGUAAUGCCGCUUCAUUCCUCGGCUGCUUGCUCGUCCCGGGCGCGGCGGGCGCAGCAACUCUCGGGUGGCGUAGUGGAGAAGUUUGGGGCGGCUUCGCUGGCGGGCGAAGGGCGGCUGCAGAAUUUCGCAGCGGCCGGGAGCUCCCAAACGCAGAGUCAGUUUCCCUCCUUCCUGCCUCCUCCCCCGGCGGCUUUGCUUGUUGCUACUAGGUUGCAACUGGAGAGGCGGAGGCACGCUUUCAAGUUUUUUUUUGUUUUAUAGCCCUGGGAGUCGAGGGGGAGGAGUAAAUGCUGGGUCGUCUUGGUCAUGCAGCCGGGGACGGGGUUGCUGCUGGGUGCCUGUGGCCAGAUGUGCUGCUGCUGGGCAGCUGUGGGGUGGCCCCCUCGAUUCCAGUGGCUCCCAGAGGAGCGGAUGCGCUAGACCGGGGGCGCCCAGCGAUUCUGCCGCCGCCGCCUCCUCCUCCUCCUGCGCAACUUUUGCACAAGUCGCCCAUCGCCACCGACUUGGCGCGUAAUUGCGCACGGCUCCUGCUGGUGGUGGUGCUGCUGCUGCUUCCCGCAGCUCGACUCGAUCGCGCGCAAAAACGAGCUCUCCUCCGGACCUUUUCUUUCUUUCCUCGCUGUAGGUUGGAGGCGUUCUUCAGCAGCCGGGUGAGGGCGGGCGAGCGAGUCACCGAGAGCGAGAAGCGGCGAAAGGCUCCCGAUGGAGGAGGAAGAGGUGGCUUCGGUGCGCGACGAGUGGCAAGGGGUCGCUCAAAGGAGAAAGGCCUGGGCCAAAAGCAGAGACUCUUGGCAAGCGUCGGAGGCGGAGCGGCUCUCUCCAGAGGCAGCUGAGCCGGCGCCGGAGCAGGAGAUCGCCGGGGGGAAGUUGCCUUUGGCUGCCGAAGGAGGCUCUAUUCCAAACGAAAAGAUUGCAAUAUGGCUUAAAGAUUGUAGAACGCCAUUGGGAGCCUCCCUGGAUGAGCAGAGCAACGCAGUUCUAAAGGGCAUGCUGGUGAGAAACGGAGGAAGCUUUGAAGAUGAUUUAUCCCUGGGAGCCGAAGCUAAUCAACUGCAUCAAACCGGCGAGCAAAUGGAAAUCUGUAACGGCAUGUUGGCAAAGGACAAGAGGCUGCAGUUUCAUCAGAAGGGGAGAAGUAUGAAUUCCACUGGCUCGGGGAAAAGCAGUGCAACCGUUUCAAGUGUAUCUGAACUCCUGGAACUGUACGAGGAAGAUCCUGAAGAGGUCCUGUACAAUCUUGGAUUUGGCCGUGAUGAACCAGAUAUUGCUUCUAAGAUUCCAUCGAGAUUUUUCAAUUCGUCGUCCUUUGCCAGGGGGAUAGAUAUCAAAGUGUUUCUAAAUGCCCAGUUGCAGCGCAUGGAAGUGGAAAAUCCGAAUUUUGCAUUGACCAGCCGCUUUCGUCAAAUUGAAGUGCUCACCACGGUGGCCAAUGCAUUCUCUUCCUUGUACUCCCAAGUCUCUGGCACUCCGCUGCAGAAAAUUGGGAGCAUGAAUUCGACCGCUUCCAGCAAAGAGGCACCCAGCCCUCCUCCUCUGACGCGGAGCAACACGGCCAGUCGUUUCAUCAAGACCUUGUCUAAACUCAAUCUGUACGGGAGCCCGCAGGCAGGCGAAGGGGCCGGCAGCCCUGCCACCUCACCAGUCGAGAAGGGGAAAGCCGAAAGUGGGGCUGAAGAAGCGGAGGCGAAAAAUGAGCCCAAAACUCCAAAACACUUCAAAGCUUCUCUGCUAGCUACGGUAAAAGAGGAGACGCCAAGCAACCAGUCCACUGCGGCUGAGGGUCUCAAUGCUUCGGGAAUUUCUUCUGGCAUGAAUGCAAAGCAAGGAGAUGGUACUGUGCCUCCUGAAACCAAGGACUCGGUUGAUUAUCCAGAUGAAAAAGCUGCUGCUACAACAUCCAGUAGUGUCGAGAGUGAUGCGCUAGCACCAGCCAGUUCUGGGCUCGAAGUUAACGCCGAACUGCAAAUAACUCCUGCUCCCGUGUUGGAUAAACAGCCCUGUGCUUCAAUAGCCAACCCAUCCAUUGCCAAUCUCAUGUUGCAGCAGAAGGACUCGUUUGAGAUGGAAGAGAUUCAAAGUACAGAAGGAGAGAUUCCACAUGCUCUUAACAUGAGCCAGCUGGCUUUAGCCAAGACUAAAAAAGACCAGCUCUUACGAUCGGCAAGUCAGCAUUCUGACAGCAGUGGUUUUGCCGAGGAUUCUUCCACAGACUGCUUCUUGCUGAAUCAGUUGCAGGGACACGAGUCAUUGCAGGCCAUGGGAAGCAGCGCUGACAGCUGCGACAGCGAGACAACGGUGACAUCUUACAGUGAAGAACUCAAAACGCCAAUAGAUGAGCAGUCCUAUUUUAAUGAGCUUGAUGAGGAGAAAUUCCUCCGCACAGAAGUGGAGCAGCGGAAGAGGGAAGCGGUUUCUGGGAGCGACGCCAGAGAAGGUCGGAAAGUUCUAGAAGGCGAAACUGGGCAGGCUGAGACCAGAGGAGAUACAGAGUUUGGCCAAGGAGGGUAUAUUAGAAAAGAUGAAGAUGCUCUUGCACAGGAGGGAGAGUCUGAAGUGCUAGAAGAAGGCAGUGAAGAGAGCGACGCAGAUAAAAGCAGCGAGUACGAAUUUCCUCAGUAUAAAACGCACCAUAUUCUUAAAUCGAUGUCUUCUAUAGAAAGCAGCAGUUCAUCUCCUUCGUCCACUGAGCGGGUUAGCAUUGCUUUGCAAAGAGCCCAGAGGAGGAUAAGUGGCUCGUCUGAUUCCAGAGCCGGUCGCUCGCUGCUCAAAUCGAAAGACUUUCUUUUCAAGCAAAGGCAUCGGAUCUCUGAGUUGGACUAUCCAUUGAGGCGCUCCCAGUCUCUCCCAUCUGCACUACUGAACCCGGUGAAAGUUGUCUCCUCCGUGAAUGUCCAGCUCACUCCAGGAAAACAGACAUUUUGUAGCCCCCCAUCUUUUACUUACAAGUAUGACACUCCUGAACAGGAGGGGAAGGAGGAGCACACAGAAGAGAAGCCCCCUGAGGAGAGAGACGACAGUCCCCCCAGGUGCAAAUCCACACUUUUCAUUGCACCAUCAUCCCUUAGGAAAGAAGGUUCCCAGCCUGCAUUGAACAAGGCGGCGGAUGAACCGUGUCGGAGCAGAAUACAGAGCUGCCCUUUGCACCUCCCGGCUCAUAUGUCUCAGUCGUCAUGCUCGCUACAUUCCCUUCAGUUUGACUAUCCAGACAGGCCCUUAUGCGCGCAUAUGAGAACAUUCAGUACGCACAGCAUCCCAAGCACCCCUGGGUCGUCUUGCAGUGGUUUGCCUUCCCCGUUCAGCUGCCCUUACUCGCUGAGGCACGCUGGGCACCGGCGCCAAGCUCAGGCCAUGCAUUCGCCCUCCACGGUCGAAAUGCAGCUGAGGAGAGUCUUGCACGACAUCAGGAACUCUUUGCAAAACCUUUCACAGAAUGCUAUGAUGAGAAGUCCUGACCUCACUACAGCCCCUUACAGUACUCAGAGAUCUUCUAUUCUACCUCUCUAUGAAAAUACAUUCCAAGAUCUUCAAGCCGUGAGAAGGAACCUAAACCUGUUUAGAACGCAAAUGAUGGAUUUGGAAUUGUCCAUGUUGCGUCAGCAAACCACUGUUUAUCAGCACAUGACAGAGGAAGAGAGAUACGAAGCUGAUCAGCUCCAGACCCUGAGGAAAUCUGUCCGCAUGGAGCUUCAGGAAUUAGAAAUGCAGUUAGAGGAGCGCCUUCUUACUCUCGAAGAGCAGCUUAGGAAUAUUCACGUGUCUUCACCUUACAGGCAACAAACACCCAUGGGCAUGUAUGGGAGCAGAAGCACUGAUAACUUGUCGUGCCCUUCUUCACUGAAUGUGAUGGAGCCGGUCUCUGAACUCAUUCGAGAGCAGUCAUUUCUGAAGUCUGAGCUGAGGUUGGGUCUGGGAGAACUUGGAAUGGAGAUUCCGCCGGCUGACGGCUCAGAAUGUGCCUUUGAUCACGGACAUUCUGACUCCUCUUCAGUCUGUUCCAGCCAAGCCAGCAGAAAAGACAGUGCACACUCAUCUGAGAUGAUGGGGAAGGCCAAGCCCCAAAGCAAAAAAAUCUACCGAGCGUGUGUGGCCUUGAUGCCCUCUCCACCGGCAAGAGCAGGAACAGGGCAGCCUCCUGAAAGCUCUGAGGGACACACAACGUCCAGGUCGGAAGUGGAGCAGAAACUUGAAAAGAUCCCUCUUGUGCCUGCGGUUGAAGAAAUUCACAGAAGUGUGGAGAAUGAUGAACUGCAGCAAGUCAUACGAGAGAUCAAAGAAUCUAUCGUCGGUGAAAUCAGGCGGGAAAUUGUAAGUGGACUGUUAGCAGCUGUCUCUUCCCCUAGCAGAUCUGCUAACGCUAAGCAAGAAACGCAACCGUGAAUCGGUACUACAGGUUGGCAUGUGGUCCAGGGACACUGUGGAAUUCUCCUUUUGGAAGGCUAGAUGGGCGUGUCUGCCUGCACUCAGGAGGACAGAAGUGAAGGCUACUGUAUACAGUCCGUAGUUUUGUGCUGCUUAAUGUUCCACUUCAGCUCCCUCUGCUCCGAUUGGGACACUCUACAUCUUACUACUGCCCAUGAACCAUCUUCCAAGCCUUAAUAUUUAUUUGUACAUUCCUACGGUUCAUUUGUGCAUAGUGUCUUGCUAUUAUUAUUAUUAUAAUUAUAAUUAUUUCUUUGUAGAGGUGUUCCUCGUAAAACUUGAAGACUUCCUUGAUCUACCCCAGUUAUAAAUAGCCUAGGAUUGUCAUUGUUAUUUUAUAUAUAUGUAAAAACCCACUGACCUCUGUGAGGUAUUUAACUGUGCAAUAACUGAUUCACUCUGAGAGCUUGAAACAACUAUAGUAACUAUUUUCACUGCUGUUACCAAGUGCCACUUCAAAAGAGGAGAGUAACCUGUUGUGUUGUUGUUGUUUUAAAAUGGUGUAACUCUUGGGAGAAGCUAUUGUUUGCAAAGAGUUUAGAGAGCUAAAUGAACUUAUGUAAAACUACUAAGAAUGCUUACACCGAGAGCCCUAUCUUUGAGCAGUAGACACCUUUUAAAAAUAAAUAAAAAAUUCUGCUUCUUUAAUCUUUCUCCUUGGGGGCGUGCUUUGUAUUGUUUUAAAAAUCCGUAAUAUAUAUUAAUGACUUCUCAACGGUAUCAGGAGGCAGCCUUUUUCUCCUUUUAAUAAAACAAGUCUAGAAAACACUAGAGGGUUUUUCUAAGUGGAUAAUGCUGUUGUUGUGGGGGAAUCAGAAGGAAUUGUUCCCCUUUUUCUGAAGUUUUACUAUGGCCCAGGGAAAAUGGCAUGUAUCAGAACAGAUGAAAUUGUAUGUUGGCAGGGUUUUUGGUUUCUUUUACAUGUUUUUUUUGUCAAUGGGAUGCUAGAAACUCAAGGUUUAAUAAUGUCUGGAUUAUUGCCACUGGGAUUCCUUAUGUUUCUGUGGUUUUGUUUUUUAAAUGUGUUUUCAACUAAUAAAAUCAAGAUUGUGUUGAAUGCAUAAUCAAAACUAGUAAAACUAUAACUAUCUUUUAUGAGAAAAGUCUGUCAAAGUGCAUUUGGAAUGGACAUAAGGGCUUUCAUAUUAAAAGGGGCUGUUAUGCCAAUAAAAUAUUUAUUUUGCCUACAA